AUGGCCCUGACCUUACUGCUUUGUCUGCUUUCUUUUCAAUUUCAAUUGACUUUUGUUUUUCCUGCAAGAAAUAUUUCUCUCAAGUGCAUGCAGGACGUUGAAGAAUUCCUUUCUGAUCUGAAUUCAGUGGAGCCCAAAGAAUACGCUCUAAGAAUGUACGACUCGGUCGGGAAGGUGGGCAGCAACGUUCUUGACGGAAACGUGGACAGGCUGGGCUCUUAUAGCGAGUGUCUCUCCGCCCGCGCCCCGGCCGGCCGCUUCCGGGGCCGCUACUGCAAGCUUCGCUUCGCCCACGAUGGAGCUGACUACAGCGUGGGGGUGUGUGUGCCCGAUUCUUGCACUGAAGAAGACGUGAGUGCCAUGACUCAGAUGGAUAUUUUAAGGUUCAGAAAGGCUUCGUUCUGGGCUCCUCCGCUCCCUCUCUUUGCAAUGAACACUUCCUCCUCGUCUGGCCGGGGUGUGGCCCGGUGCGCCACUGGAUUGUUCCCCCUGGACACGUUUGCGGCCCUGAGUCUGGUCCUCACCUUCCUGGGCCUCACCCUCCCUCUGGCGGGAACCGUCUACGUGGCCGCCACUGGGCGGGGGUCGGACUGCCAGGCACCACCGGUACCCGAGGAGCCUCCGGCCACGUACGGGAGCCUGCCUCUGAGAGCGCCGGUGGGGAGCGGGCCAGGAAGCAGAGUCCAGCCGACGGGCUAUCUGCCCGUCUCACCGUCAGGAACCCCGAGCGGAGGAAAAAGUUUUCUAGCCACCGUGGACCGAGUUCUGAAAUGCUUUUCCUGGCAGAAGAAUGUGCCGGCCCUCUGGACCACAAAGACGCCGGGAAGCACGUGCUCUGCCUUGAACGGCCUCCGAGUGUUGAGCCUCCUCUGGAUCAUGUCUGGGCACACGAGUCAGAUGACUGCGUGGAUGUCUCUGGAUAAUGUGCUUGAAUGGAAAGCCAGGGUGCUUAGAAACCCACUGUACCUUUAUUCUCGGAGUGGCCCCUUCUAUCUCGGCGUGGACACGUUUUUCCUGAUCAGUGGCUGGCUAAGUGCAAGGUCAUUUUUAAAGAUGCGUCAGGAUUCAGACAAAGGAAUAACCCCUAGCGUCAUACUCAGAUACUUUUUCGGUCGCCUUAUAAGGCUGCAGCCUCUUCACCUGUUCUCGCUGUCCUUGCUGGUUGCGCUGUUCUCGCUUGUGCCCUGGGGGCCCGUCUGGGAGGUGCCCAAGCUCCACCUGGAGAACUGCCGGCGGGCCUGGUGGACCAACCUGCUGCUGCUCAACAACCUCCUGUCGGUCCGGGGUGCGUGCAAUGGCUGGACGUGGUACCUUGCCAAUGACUUUCAAUUCCAUCUCACAACCCCGGUGAUCGUCUUCAUCCACGGAAAAAGUCAGCGUGCCCUCGUCCUGCUCGGGGCCUCGCUGCUCCUGGCGUCGUGCGCCGCCUCCGCUCUGCUCACGCGGGCUCACAGCCUUCCGGUGGCAGCUCCGUCAGAAGCCAGUGAAGAGGCAGCCAGACUGUAUUUCUUGGAGUAUUACACGAAGCCCUACUGUCGAUACGGGCCUUUCCUCGUGGGCCUCUUACUGAGCGUUUUCAUGCACCAUCACCAGGCAGACAUUCUGAGAACCAAGGGGCAGGCUCUGCUGGGCUGGGGGUGCUCCCUGUCGACUCUCCUGCUAGUGGUCGCCCUGGCCUACACGGUGGACGACGUCUCCCCCACCUCCUCCGUCGCUGCUGCUGUCUACCAAGGCCUCCACCGGACCGUGUGGGCGGCGGCCGUGGGCUGGGUCCUGUUCGCAUGUCAGGAAGGCUAUGGAGGCCUGGUGACUCGGCUGCUCUCCUGCGGAGUCUGGACUUCCCUGGCCAGCAUCAGCUACGCUUGUUACCUGGUGCACCCCACCCUCAUCAUCCUCUACAACGGGCUUCAGGAGACGCUGAUUCACUACACAGACGUCAACAUGUUCUAUCUCUUCUUGGGACACUGCUUGCUUACCUUCAUCGCUGGGCUGGUCCUGACGCUGUGCGUUGAGAAGCCAUGUCAGGAACUGAAGUGGUGCCUGCUGAAAUCAGUGCCCGCAGGGCCAAGAGCUUCCAGAAAAACCCUGGAGAGUGGAUGACCCUUUGUGGGAGGCGACGAGCAACGCCAAGGGUGGCUUCGUUUAUGUCACAAACGCUUGUGUUUCUUAAACAGGGUGUGAAUCAGAUUUUGUGAAUAUCUAAGGUAGACAAGUUCUCUGUGUUUAUUAAGCGUUCUGUGAUAAUCUGUUUAGUAUUUGUAGCAUGAUAACUGGCCCCAAUGCAACUUUUUAGCAAAAA